UAAAUUGAGAAUUAAGACGAGACAAAAGUAAGACAAGAAAUGGCAGAUGAAGACAUCCAAUAUGCUUCAGUUGUCUUCAAGAAUAAGAAACAACCUCAAUCAAAAAUUGCAGGUCCAAAGAAGGAGGAAACUAUUUACGAUGAAAUAAAGAUGCAAAACGAAACACCUCAGGAGUCUUCUGACUCAAAAGGACUUUUAUCAGAGAAGGAAGCAGAAAGAAGACGCCGUUACUAUCUGAAGUUGGCUUGUUGUUUGGGGACAUUUUGUACUAUAUUGUUGUUGGGAAUCAUAGGAGUCACUGUUUAUCUUGUAUGGUAUCAGCAAAAUGAGCUAAAUGAGCUGAAAGAAAGUGAAGCAAAAAUCAAAGACUUAACAGACCAGAUCAAUAACCUGACAGAAGUCAAAAAUGUCUCAGACAGCAAGAUCCACAAUCUGACGACAGAAAACCAGGAGCUCAAGAAGAAAACCCAGGAGCUCAAGGAGAAAAACCAGAACCUGAUGAACCAAACCCAGAAACUGGAGGGAGAAACGAGAACCCUAAAGGAACAACUAGACAACAUCAUGAAAACUCAGAAUGAGCUCAAUGUCAGUCGAGCUCAGUGGAGCAUUGAUCAAUACUGCCGUAAAGAAAAGGGGUGGAAGUGUGAACCUUGUCAAAAUGGCUGGAUAUUCUCCAGCUCCAGUUGCUAUGCAUAUAAUAAUGAACCAAGAGCUACUCAGAGAACCUGGGAAGGAGCACAGCAAGACUGUAAAGGAAAAGUUUCCCAUCUUGUUGUUGUAAAUAGGCAAGAGGAAAAGAAUUAUGUCAAAACAAUCAGUCCUGCUGGAAAAGAAAAAGAAAUUAAUGGAUACUGGAUUGGCCUGAAAGCUGAAGGAACCAAAUGGAAAUGGACCGAUGGAACUGAACUAGCUGACCAGUCCUGGGUAAAUCAAUCUGCAGUCGACGGUCAGUGUGUAACUUGCCUCCAAGACAAAGAAUGGCAGUCAGUGAAUUGUGAGGACAAGAAUGCCUGGAUCUGUGAAAAGAAGGCUUUAUCUGUUUAAUAGGUCACAUUAAAUAGAUAAUAUUUAAAUCUCCAAAGGACAUCAGGGACUAUUUUAAUAUAAAUACAGGAAACUGAUUAGGACUAGACUUUUAUUUUGCUGUUUUCAUCUGUCAUAGCCAGUAAAAGUUUAUGUUUGUUCACAUCUGUUUACCCACAUAACCAGUUUUUUUGUAAUU